UGCUCUCCUAAUGUUGUUGCAGGUGCUAAUUAAAUAUAUAGUUUGGUUUUGAUCGCAUCGAUAACGACAAACCCCUAUCCAUCGACUAUUCCCUUAUUUUGGAAACCCCAAAGGCAAUGUUUCUCUCAUUUGUGCUUCUUUGGAGGAGAUAAACAAUAUCAAGGACCUGCUAUAGUGGAAAACCUUGCUGGGAACGAACAAUGGCUACACCACCGCCAAAUAACAGCCUUCAGACCAUGUUGCGGGCUGCAGUGCAAUCUGUUCAGUGGACUUACAGCCUCUUCUGGCAACUUUGUCCUCAUAAAGGGAUUCUAACAUGGGGUGAUGGAUACUACAAUGGAGCAAUUAAGACACGAAAGACAGUUCAAGCAAUGGAAGUUAGCACCGAAGAAGCGUCUCUGCAAAGAAGCGAGCAACUUAGGGAGUUAUAUGAAUCGUUGUCUGGUGGGGAGACAAACGCAAAAACACGAAGACCAUGUGCUUCUUUGUCGCCGGAGGAUCUAACGGAAACCGAAUGGUUCUAUUUGUUGUGUGUCUCUUUCUCCUUUCAUCCUGGUCUCGGGUUGCCCGGAACAGCAUAUGCUAGAAGGCAGCAUUUAUGGCUCAGUGGAGCGAACGAAGUAGACAGCAAAACAUUUUCAAGAGCUAUUCUUGCCAAGAGUGCUCAUAUACAGACAGUGGUGUGCAUUCCAGUGUUGGAGGGCGUCGUUGAGUUGGGCACAACCGAUAAGAUGGAGGAAGACCUAAAUUUCAUCCAACACAUAAAGAGCUUCUUCAUAGAUCAGCAGCAUCCUGCUCUCACGGCAAAGCCUGCACUAUCAGAACAGUACUCCACUUCCAAGCCCACUUCUUCUUCUUCUUCAUACCCUCUUGUCACUGCCAAUAAUACUAUUCCAAUCCAAAACAUUGUUGAUAGAGGAGAAGCUAUAAUAUUGAAUAAUAAUACCAAAGAAGCAGAAUUAGCAGUCCCUAACAGUAGUUUCAUACCGAGCGAGCUAAUGGAACUGGAUGCCACCUUGGAGGAAUUCAGGGUUGGAUCAUCUGGAGAUGGCUCCAACCACUUGGAUUCAUUCCCCACUGAGAAAUCUAUGGCACUGUGUUCAGCAGGGUUGGAGCUCCUUCAACUUCAACUUCCACCAGCUCCAGCACAUCCUCCCACAGAAAACCUAGCACAAGGCGGCACAGACACACACUACUCUCAAACAGUGUCCAGCAUCCUUCAAAAGAACUCCAGGAGGUGGCCGGAAUCACCCUCUCUCAACCUCCUCACUGACUCCUUCCAAUCAGCUUUCAACAAAUGGAACUCCGGCGCUGACGACUACCAGCACCAUUUCCACGUGUCGGUGGCCAGCGUCACCUCCCAGUGGCUCCUCAAGUACAUUUUGUUCAGCGUCCCUUACUUGCACACCAACUGGCUCAAGGGCAAGGGCACUUCACCAUACGAGACCAGUCACGUGAUGGCGGAGCGUCACCGAAGGGAGAAGUUGAAUGAGAGGUUUCUCAUUCUGCGUUCGAUGGUGCCUUCCGUGACAAGAAUGGACAAGGCGUCUAUCCUGGGAGACACCAUCGAAUACAUCAAACAGUUGAGAGAUAAGAUUGAGAGCCUUGAGGCGCGUAAGCGCCUCACGGGAAAGAGAAGGAUGAGGCAGGUGGAGGUUUCAAUCAUAGAGAGCGAGGCGCUGUUGGAGGUGGAGUGCGUGCAUAGGGAAGGGUUGUUGUUGGAUCUGAUGACAAAGUUGAGGGAGUUAGGGGUGGAAGUGAUGAUGGUGCAGUCUUGGGUUAAGGAUGAUGGAGUGUUUGUGGCGGAGAUGAGAGCCAUGGUGAGGGAAAAUGGUAACGGGAUAAAGGCUAGUGUUAUUGAAGUGAAAAAUGCCCUUAAUCAGAUCAUACCCCGUCAUGAACCAUACACACUUGCUUCCAGUGAUCAUUUUUAGCCAUGCUUUUGGACUAAGGUGAGACGGCUGUGCCAAACAUGAAAGAUGUGUGUUAAAUGUUAAUUGAAUAAGUUUGUGUAAGAAUUUAACUCAUUCUAUGUUUGGUCAAUUAAGUACGCGAAUUGAUCAUGUAAAAUAUCAUGGACUUGCAGGGGGUGGAGGGUUGUGCCAUACCCAUGAUUGUCCUCCUUAAUUAGCCUCUGCACGUAAUAUAUAUAGUUUACACAAAUAAAUAAUGUAUUGAAUAUUACCGUGAAUGAUCUUGUUAGGAAAGUUACCGUGAACAUUGACCAUG